CUUAAAACUUUACGAAACAAUUAAUAAAUUAAAAAUGUCAGUGUCUUUGCUCCAUGACCUUGUCUACUACUCCAUAGAUAUAUAUAUAAACUAUACAACAACCGUCACAUAAGAGACAAACCUUUGACCGACUCUCUCUCUCUCCUAACUCUCAUCUCCCUGCACAUUAUGUCCCCAGCCAUCGCCCAAGUCGAACAUGGAGAACGCGGAUCCAGCCACUCCUCCCCGUCUCCACAAUCGCCAAUCGAAUCAGACGAGCCUUUCGGAAGAGAGCCGCAGCGGCGAGGUUGACGAUCGGAGCAGUGCCAUCAACUCCUCUCGCUCCUUCGAUUGCACCUUCUGCAAGAGAGGGUUCUCCAACGCGCAAGCCCUCGGAGGCCACAUGAACUUGCACCGCAGGGACAAGGCCAGGCUCAAGCGAACCUCUCCUUGUGCGGAGUUCCCUUUUAACGUCGCUGCUGUCGACGAUGGAAGCGCUCGCGUGUCCUCAUCCCUGAUCAUUCAGCUGCUGCCUGCGCUCGCUGAGGAGUCUUCUUCGCAAGGGGUUCGUGGUCAUGAUCAUGCGUCGAGAAGAGUACUCGGCGAGAGUGACGUGGAGGAGCAGAGGAUGGAGAUGCACAGAGAGGUGGAUGCAGAAUUGGAUCUUGAGCUCCGGCUGGGUCGAUGACGUCAAGACUAAAGAGCAAUCGAGAGUUACAAUUGGAGAAGAGGUACAACUGUUCAUUGAUUAAUAUUUGGAUUUGCUUAUAAAACGGGAACAAUCAAUACAUGAAUAUCUUCUGCACUUUGGCACCGACCGUGAUCAGCCAGCCAGUUAAAAAGGAAACAAGAAAGAA